AUGGCCCAAUUAAAUGCUGGUAGUGGAAUUGAACAAGAAUUUUGUAGAACUUCAAUAUAUAAACAAAAACAAAUCUGGAACCAAUCGGGAUACGAAAAUUUAAAAAGAUUAUUAAAUGAAAAUCCAGAAGGAUUUUCAACGCACACUCCAACUCUUCAUGAUGAAUAUUUUCAUGAAGAGUUGUCAGAUGAAUUCUGGCUCACCAAACAUAACUAUUUAUUAUUUAAUUGA